AGGAGGCCUGAGGGGUCGCAUGAGCGGGAAUCGCCCCGCCAUGCAUCGUAUGGGGAUACGCAUAAAGGUUCUGGACGUAAAGAGGAUGGGGGUGGUCUGCAUGUUCAGCAGCAUGGCAGGGAGCCGUGGGAUGUGGAGGAGGAAACGGUCAGUCUAAGCUAUUUGCAACACGGUGACCCGGAUGUGCGCGUGGUCACGCUGAAAGUGCCGGUUCAAAAAGAGAGAGGUCGUUCGGCAGGCGGUGGAAGGAAUGGGAAUUCCAGAGAUGUGAGCGAGCAGCAAUCGUCUAGGCGGGACGAUGGGUUCCGAUCGCUGGAUAAUCGGGGACGAGGCAGCAACCAUGGGUCUCGGUCAGGCUCGGUUAGGACGCUUGAACGGCGUUGUGUUACUCCAGAUGGGCAUGCAAGGAGGGAACCGACAGCCAAAUCGACCAUUUUUGAUCGGCUUGGUCCGCGAGUUGACGAUGAUGAAAGUGAUGAUGAGGUUGGUGGUGAUGACUGCAGCGCAUCAACAAUCCAAGCACCAGGACCGACCCUCAGCUUCGUUGGCGCGGCACGUCGUCAAGGACAAUUCGCAAACCAAUCGAGGGACAGGGAUGGCGCGUGCUCCAGAGAUGCCUCUCGAUCCAAAUCGUCCGGACCGCCCAAUGCCCUUCAAGGAGACGGUGACGAUGAUUUUGGUGGUGCUGACGGCCCCGCAGCAACGAUACAGGCACCAGGACCGACCCUCAGCUUCGUCGGCGCGGCGCACCGUCAUGGAAAGGGUGCAAACACAUCUACGGAACGGAAUGGCGCGUAUUUCAGAGAUGCUUCUCGUUCCAACUCGUCCGGGCCACCGCCGAAUCGCGGCAAAGAAGGCGGUCUCGAUGCGUCGAGAGCGGACAUUGCGCGGGUUCCCGCCCAGAAUCCCACGCCAUCCGCACCACCCUCAUCGCAAUUGGACUCACAAGCCCUUAAAGCUCCCGACCAAAUCCAGGGACCAUCAUCGCCGCGGACACCAGCAGCAUCUCAACAACCGCCCGCCAUCCCUCAAAAAGCACCAGAGAAAACCGUCUCGCCGAAAGCUGUGUUUGUUCCUGUGGAGAUGCCGCUUUCGUGGGCUGACGACGAGUAAUCGGUUCCACCUUUCGUAGUCUGGGCCAAUGCUGAUUUUUUUUAGCGGAUAGAGAUUAGGAUGUUGGGUAGGUUAUGUAGUGCAGGGAUAGCAUUAUGUAGCGUGCGUGGAUAAUGGAGAUGGUAAUUGGGG